CGAGUGACAUUGAAGCACCUUUAUUUAUUUUCUAAAGUAAUAUUUUUCAUGACUUGUUGUAACUCAUACUCUCUUAGUUGUCAUAUACAACAUUACGGCUGGGGAAAAAAAGGAAAGGAAAGUAAAGUAGCCAAACUUAUGGGAACUAAAGCAGAUCCCAAUAAACCAUAUGCAGAGCUUUGGGUAGGCACGCAUAAAAAGGGGCCGAGUUUUCUGAGGGAAACUAAUAUUCUACUCUCCGAGUACAUUGAUAAGGAAAAGGAAGCGGCUGUCGGUCGCCACUGCUAUGCAAGGUUUGCAAGUGAGCUUCCUUUUUUGUUUAAAGUCCUUUCCAUAAGGAAGACCCUUUCCAUUCAGGCCCAUCCUGAUAAGUUGUUGGCCCGCGCGCUGCACCAGAAGGAUCCUGCUAACUAUCCAGACAAGAACCACAAACCUGAGUUAGCUAUUGCUUUAGAGGACUUUGAGGCGCUCUGCGGCUUUCGAAAAGUCGACGCGAUCCUUCACUUUUUUUCUCAGUAUAAAGAAUUCGCACGUGUGGUCGGUGAAUCUUUCGUCGAGUCGUUAAUACGCUCUUAUGAAAAGAGUGAUAAAGACUUACAGAGAAAGUGCCUAAAAGAAUGCUUCACUCAAUUGAUGAAUGCAGAUGAGGUAGUAAUUAAGCAAAGCUUAGCGGAACUCGUUUCUGCCUUGCGAGCGAAAGGUCUAAGAAACUCCUUAGAAGAUCUUAUUAUACGAAUAUAUAAAGACUUUUCUAGCGAUCCUGGCGUGUUCUGCAUAUUAUUUAUGAAUUACAUCAAGCUUAAGCCCGGCGAUGCUCUCUUUGUCAGGCCAAACACUCCUCAUGCGUAUCUCUCGGGAGAUUGUGUAGAAGCAAUGGCCUGCAGCGACAAUGUUGUCCGAGCGGGGCUUACAGGCAAAUUCAAGGACGUUUCCACCCUCUGCGACAUGCUCGAUUACAGCUCGGAAGGCGUCGACGAAUUUGUUGUGAGCGGGCGCAGUCAUACCGCUAAUAUCAUCAAAUAUGCACCGCCCGUUGAAGAGUUUGCGGUCGAUCGGAUCCAGUUCGUCGACCCACCCCAAGCCUUUCAGUUGGAACCGUACGCUGGCCCAAGCAUCCUUUUAUGCAUCGAGGGAUGCGCUUUGACCAAUCUAGAGCCCGGCGGCUUCGUAGUAAAACGAGGUUGCUUACCAAGAGAUGUUAUGAAGUGUGGACCUUCUCAUUUUAAUAGGAACUAUUCUUUUUAUACCGUACAAUGCCACCUUCACCCUUGCACCAAGCGCACCCGACUUUGUGGCCUUUCGGGUGUAUUGCGUGCUUGGCAGCGGAGAGGAGCAGGCAAAUGAGAGCAACGGAAAACAACAAAUGUAAUAAUAAAAAUCUAAACACUAUUUACUGCACGUCGGAAGGAUUGA